AUGCAGACAAGAUCAGAAACGCCAGGAGCGGAUGCGCUUGAAGAACCGGAGCUGCGCGUGAUCCAACACAGCUUCCCCGAGCGCUGGAGUGCGGAAAAAGCUUCAAAUCUCCUCGUUGGGAGUGGAUUCAUGACAGAUUCGCAGACUGUAAGAGACGAGAGGGUUGAUGCUGUAGUCGGGACCUGCUGUGGCCAUCAAGAAAUACUUUCGAAUCAAACCGAACAUGAGUAUGCCAAAGUGCCAAAGGAACAGGGGCAGGCGGUAGAGAGCACACCAAGGGUGCAUAUAAGGGGACUGCAGACAGGAGGCUGCGGGGGUUCGUUCGAGAGUGCGAACGCUAUGCAUCUCCACCUUCCCAAACGGAGCCUUGUAGGCUGGGUCCCGGCGGACGUUUCUCUCGAGCACGGCAGUAGCGAGCAAGAAAGAGCAGUUGCCAAAGAUGACACUUCACGGAAAGGGCCCUUGCCCGUCAGUCAGGAAACUGGGGAGCAACACUCAAGGGAUCAAGAAUACCUUUACGGCAUCACACAGGAUGUUCUGCACUUCCCAGAUGACGACGUAGGCCAGUCCCGAAACGGACAUGCUCAGGUGUCGCUCAAGUCAACGAACUCGGAGGAAAAAGAACAAGAUUGUGACCACCUCCUGGAACGAUUCCGAGCGACUGAGCUAGGAGAUAAUGCGCAAGAACUGAGGGGCAGGAAAGUUGUCAGACACACGGAACGACAGAGACAGUGUACCGAGGAAGCAAGCAUAGCACAGACAAGCCGCACCGCUGAAAGAAAUGGAGAGAAUCCCGUAGAGUUGCUCCUUGACGCAAGUGCGUGUGAUGUGGCGCCGUGCCAGAGUGUUUGGAAGACGGUUCCGUCGUUCUCGACAUCAAACGCGCGGCAUCAGGGGUGUGGCUCCAUCUCUACAAGACAAAGUCCCGUUGCCACAAGCACAUGCCUGAACGAAACCAGCACUACACUGCUUUCCGGUUUUGCACCAGAACUCUGCCAUAUGGAAGACAGCACGGCUCCUGGAGAUGAGGCAGUUGCGGCUGAUCUUCUCCCGCCCGGCGACGUACGUGGCCUGCCUGGGCCUGGAGACGCUGAUUUACAUGGGCACAACCAGACGGUGGAGCGGAAGCUUCUGCAUGAAACAACCGAGACGCAGCAGACAGAAUCAGUCGAUAAAGGUGUUCUUUGGAGGUUUUCGAGUGCUGCUGAAACUGGUAAGACUCCUAGCAAAAACGCACUGGAAGCUGUUACCACUGACUUACACAGAGACCGUUUUCCGCAAGGCGGAGAGACGGCCACCAAUGUGAACGCGGCCAUGGACGGUAACAUUCAAGCAAGAUAUGCACAUGGGUUGGCAGAAGGAAACACAGGAAAACAAACUGUAAAUCAGAGUAGGACUCUUGACGUACUAGGAAUCCCGGAAGAACAGGUGUUCAAGGCAGAGGCCAGCGAGCCGUUGACACGGCCGCAUACAGCGGAGAGUGAGCAGAACAAAGGGUGCCUGUUCGCAACACAGGAGCCGCAGUGUCGACGUCCUAGUUCGCAGGACAACUCCUUUCCCGAGCAGACUCUUCUGCCUACGGUUCAAGAAGAAAACUCCGUAGGUUGGCUGAAUUUAUUGACGAAUGUGCUGCCCGGAGACGGCGGGGGAAAACCAGGCGGAAUAGGCCAGGAAGCCAUGAGCGAAUCUGACCAUGCGGUGCCCGAGAAAAAACUACGGAUGACAAGAUCCUCAAUAUUGCCAACAGGAUUGUCAGACGAGGCGCAGAGCUCCUGUGAUGGGCCAGGAGAGCAGAAAACGGGAAGGAAUGACGGAGACAACGCAAACGUGUCUGACAGGCUUCCGGAAAGGGUAUGGCGAAAGAAGUCUUGGGAAGAAGACACAGACCAUCCAGCAACAGAACCCGAUCAAAAGAAGCCCAAGCUGACGGCUGUAGCAUCUGACAUUUUUUCAGACCCUCGUAAUUCACCGAGUGUUAUCGCAUCUUUGUAUUCAGCGGCUGUUCCAGCUUCUCCACUGUCUUCGCCGCCUUCGGAGUCACGAACGCCUGGUCCGCUGAAGGGGAUGAUAAUGGCAUCGACGCAGGCGUUAGCCAGACGGGCGUCGCGAGAGGAGAACGCAAGGGGGAACGAGCGCGGUUCAAGCCACUCACUGGCAACCAAGAACUCUUUCGACAGCAACAGUACCUGCCAGGUACGACAACGAUGCUUCCAAGACGCCAUUGAGGAAGGGGACUCUCUCACGAAGAGCCUUUCUUCCGACAGACUCGACUGCAGUUGGACCAUUAACAAAAAAGACGACGAAUCUAUGACAUCUGGCCGAGAAAGAAUCAUGGACGAUCCUCCGUCAGGCGAAGGUACGAGACAAAAACGCAGACAGAGGCAGAUGAAGUUGAUCCGCGUUCUGGAUGAAGAUACCAAAGAAAGUGAAGAGCAUGUCGCCGCUAAGGUUUGCCCCCCAUGUGCCGCUGAGCUUCAUAUUCACGGGCAAGAAAGAUUAAUUCGGCUGGUAGCGGGUGCUGGAAGAGGAACCCGGGGACGAGGGCGCAUACGUUGGAAUGCAAAAUCAAAGUGCUCUUUAAUUUCGGCUCCUCAACAAAGCAGAGGAAGAGGGAGAAGUAUACGAAAACGCUUCUUUCUUAGCAGGAAAGACAGUGAAGGAGACGCCUUGACCAAGGCGGAGGUUUGCGUAGACCAACAAAUCAAAUCCCAGGACGCUAGCACCCCCCAAAAAGACACACAGAAGGAAGAAGGAACGGGAACAGAGCGAUGCGACUCGCGAGAAGAGGAAGAGAACGUCGACGAUCAUCAGAUGGGAAAAGAAGAUGAUGGACAGGAGAACAAAGAAAGUGAGCGGCAACCUGGAGGAACAUCCUUGUGGAUCAACCGACUAAGGUCCCUUGCCAGCAGAGAAUCCGAAAGUCAUCAGCAGCCCAGUCGGCAUUAG